CGACACCAACCAUAGCAGAUUUAUUCACAGUCCAAGAUGUUUUCCAGACAAGCAACACAAAACGCACGCUGUGCAGCUCGCUGUGCACGUCGCCCAGCAGCUCGCGUGGCAAACCCCCAAUACCGCGCCCAGCAGCCGCGUUUCCAAUCUACCCAGUCUGGCAACUCGGGUCCCGGUUCACAUGCUGCCAUUGGUGCUGCCUCUGGUGCUCUUGCCGCAGUCACGGUCGGUUACAUCUUCUACAGACAAUCGGGCGCCCGCGACGUGGUCAUGGCCUCGAAGACUGCACAAGGCUACGUCAAGUCAGCUUCACAAAAGAUCAAGGAGCAGACACCCGAGCCAAACGAAGCGCUACAGUGGCUGCGUCAGGCCGCGCAGAGUUACGCCGCAUUCAUCCCCGGCGCUAGGGGCUAUGUCGACUCUGCCUUUGACGACCUCGACGCCAUCCGGGCCAAGCACGGCAACGAAGUUGACCAGAUUGUGCGUGAGGCAUACGAAGAGAUGCGACAGGUGCUCGGAAAGGGCGACAUGAGCCUCGUAACCGCACACAAGACGUGGGACGUGAUUACCAAGCACAUGAGCCGCAUUGCUGACCUUGCUGGCGAUGCGUCGCAGCAAAUCAUGGACAACCACCCCCAGCUGAAGGAGAGGUUGGGGGGCAACAUCGACAAGCUCAAGGAGUACGGUGAUAAAUACGGUCCGGAGGCAAAGAAGGAGGUGGACAGGACAUGGCAGCAGAUCAGCGACGUUGUCAAGACUGGUCUGAGUGCGCAAAACAUUGAAAAGAUCAGAAGCCUGGUGCAGGAGAAGAUGGACAAACUGAACAAGAUGGGAGACGAGGCGUGGAAAAAGGGCAUGGAGCAGGCCAAGCCGUACCUGGACAAAAACCCGCAGGUCAAGAAGCUUGUGGAAGAGAAUGCCGAUGCACUCAAGGGGGGUAAUGUUCAGGAGCUGUACCAGCGCGUCAAGUCGGCCGUCGAGAAGGGAGACACGGGCGAUCUCGAGUCAUAUGUGAAAAAUGCCGCAGGCAAGGCCAAGGAUGCGGGCUUUGGCGACUACGAACAGUACCUCAAGAAGAUGCCCGGCGGCGACCAGAUUCUGCCCAAGCUGAGCCAGCUCCAAGAGGUAGCCCAGAAGCACGGUGACGAGGCACAGAAGAUCCUCAAGGACGCAGUCUCUGAAAUCUCGGACAUUCUGCAAAAGAAGGGCGACGAGGCGUCCAAGUUGGCGGAGAAGGCUAAGCAGGACUCGAAAUAGAGAGGUGGUUUGUGGGGCUGAGCAUGGAAUGAGGUGUGAUUGAUAUCCUAAUGCAUUGUCAGCGCUGAGGGCAGGAAUAGAGACGAUUGAUUGAUU